UUUUCAUAGAAAUAUGGAAGUAUUUACAAACCCCAUGGCUUUCUCAAGUAACCUGAAGCGAGAUAUGAUCCAUGUUAAGAGAAAGAGGCCAACAAAAAGUGCCCAUGACCAUCCUCAUAACUGUUACAAUGAAAUAUCCAAGAAGAGCAAGAAGAAAACUUACAGGAUCUCUAGAAAAGUUGACCUACAGACCAUAAGGGAUCAUAUUGAUCCGGACUCUAUAGAGUCCUUCAUUGAUAAGGAAAGGACUUAUUCAACGUCCAAAAAUCUGUUGAAAAAUGUGAAAGACAAAAGCUUGAUCCAAGAACGGUCAAUUUGAGGUCAACUGGACUCAUUCCAUAAGGUUGCGAAAGAGCGAGAAAGGGUAAACUCAAAAUACUCACUCAAGAAUAUGUCCAAAAUACUUAGGAGCAAAUAUAAGCAAGGCAAGGGGCGGAGUUCAACCUCCUCAUUUAGAGAUCUGGGCUUGAAUGCUGUUUCAGGGCUUAAAAAGAAUGCUAAAGCUUUCAAAAACGAUAAAGAGAAGGUACCCAUCAGUGACGAACAGAUUGAUCACAUGAUCACUCGAAACAUGAGGCGCUUCAACAGUGAGAAUUAUGAUGAAGCCCCAAUUACAUAUGAAGAGAAAUUAAUGCAGUCUAAAUACUCCAGAUCUACCCAAAAGUACUAAGAGAAAGCAUGCAAAUUUUGGAGAAAGCAGAACAAAGA